AGUGAGUUUUAUGUUUGUUGAGGAUGUAAGAGAAGGUUCCCUCUUAUCUUUGAUUACUGUCGUGGUUGGUAACCAAUAACAAUGGCGACACAAUCUUAUCUUGUCAAUCUCAACUCCUUCCAUACGGGAAACGCAGGACCAAAUCAUUCAAUACUCAAACCUGCCAAUUUUCGCUUUGGCAUCUGGAAAAGUUUGAAGCAUCCUACUAAAAGAAAUGUCGAUGGAAGUUCACGAAUCAUGCAAUGUUGUUCAUGUUACACAGAAAUUGGAGCAGCUUCUGCACAGAAAUGUCUUGAUUUGAAUCCAAAUUUGAAUAGCCUCAACCUCAACAUACCGGACACUUUACAUGUUUCCACGGAUUUCGUGACAAGGUUGAUGAUUCUCGCGGAUCUUGAUCCUGCUACUGUGAAAUUCGCUAUUGGAUUUCUAGGUCCGUUCCUCUCGGCUUUUGGUUUUCUGUUUAUUGCGAGAAUAGUCAUGUCUUGGUAUCCAAAACUUCCUGUGGGAAAGUUUCCUUAUGUUAUAGCUUAUGCUCCUACGGAGCCACUUCUCGUGCCUACUCGGAAAGUGAUUCCACCUCUAGUUGGUGUGGAUGUUACUCCUGUGGUUUGGUUUGGAUUGCUUAGUUUUCUUAACGAAAUAUUAGUAGGUCCACAGGGAUUACUAGUUCUUCUUUCUCAACAAGUUAAUUAGUUUGCAUAUUUGGUGUGAUUGUUUGUGUAAUACAUUAUAUAGAAAUCAUUGUUUAAUAAUUUGGAGUGAGCUUGAAUCUCUGUGACCUACUCCUUCUUGCA